AUGGACUAUUCGCAGCUGAGCGGAGCCCUGCUGGAGGCCACAGCUGCUCUCGGGGCCCGAAGUUCUCUGCCCGGCUUCACUGUUGGCUCCACAGGUCGAGCGAUGCUGAAAGAACGGCAGCUGUGCAGCUCCAUGGCCAACUCCAGCAUCCUCCCGUCCACCGUGACGGGCAUCAGUAAGGAACUAGCCGACCUGCGGCACCUCAUCCAGUUCCCAGAGGAGAUCGCCACCAUCCUGACAGAACAGGAGCAGCAGCUGUACCGCCGCAUCUUCCCCCUCGACUACCUCAGCUUCCUCACCCGAGACCUGGGAAGCCCAGAGUGCAACAAACGCCACCCGCACCUGAAAGCCUCCUUGUCCGCCCCCAUCAUGCCCACUCAGAAUGACCACCACAACACAGUAGAAGACCUCGUCACAAGAUUCAACGAGUUUGUCACCGACUACAACGGCCAGCAGCACUUCCUGCAGAGGGUUGGAAGCGAUGGGCUCCACAGCUCAGACAAGGAGGCGACCGUCAGUAACAUUCUGCAGACGAUUCGCAGCUGCAACCGAAGCCUGGAGGCUGAGGAGCCUGAGGAGAAGGCACAAGAGAUCACAGUUUGCCCCAAGAAUUCCUUCAAAGACAAGAGCAGAAACCAGAUAGGACCUGGGUCAGAGCGUGUCUUGUUUUUAGUAGGGGACCUCUCAGACUCUGAAGUGGACCCGCUUGAGCUGGUUAAGGAUGUAGACCUUCAGACCACAGAAGAGGUGCAUGGACCAUUUAGCCACGGAACAGAGCUCAUCCCCUGGUACGUGCUCUCUCUUCAACCAGAUAUCCACCAGUUCCUGCUCCAGGGAGCAACCGUUAUCCACUACGACCCCGAGACCCACCUCACCGCCCGCUGCCUCCUCCGUCUACAGCCCGAUAACUGCUUCCUUACCUGGUCCAAGCCCCACAGCAGCUGUGGCCCAGGUAGAGGAGUCAGAGGCUUCAUGGGACAUCCACCAUCCCCAGACCACUUACCCCUGGGCCAGCCUGUGCACUGCGGACUGGCCGAUGGACUCCUAGACCUUAACGUGGUAAAGGGCGUGUUUAUGGGUCACCCUGGAGUGGAUGUUAAUUAUGUGUGCCUGCAGCACAAACUGUGUAACAUGAACCCUGGCGAAAAUGGUGUCACGCUGCUAUAUGGAUUUCACACCACAGACAACAGGCUCCUGCACUUUGUGGCCCCCAAGCACACGGCACAAAUGCUGCACGAGGGCCUCCGGGAGCUGCUCAGUGCCAUCCGGAAGAUCAGGAAGUUUCCUGACCAGAGACUACAAUGGCUGCGAAAGCAGUAUGUUAGUUUGUACCAGGAGGACUGUAGAUUUGAGGGGCCCACACUGGCCCAUGCUAUCGAGCUGUUCGGUGGGAGACGCUGGAAUAUGGGUGCUAGCGGCCCUGGAUCUGCCAGCAAGAGUGCGGAGAAGAGCUCAGCCCAGAAAAACAGCCCGCUGGGCAUUAACUCCAACGUCAAGAAGAAGAAGAAAGCCUUAGUCAGGGGGGACAGUGGUGAUGGAACAGAUGAUGAGAUGAUCUCACGCAAGACCAGGAGCUGUAAAGAGACUUUGGGGAGGAGAGAAUCAGACCCUUUGGAAAGUGUUGAGCAGGAAAACGCUGAGGACUGCAGUACCUUUGGCCACCCUGGAUCCCUUUCCUUAUCCAACAGCAAAGGCCAGUCUCCUGGAUCCUCCUUAUCCUCCUCCUCAUCUUCCUCUGGCUCCUUUAGCACAAGCACCUCCACCCCUACCCACCCUCAUUCCUCCCCCAAUCUCCCCGGCAACCCCAAAAGUCAACCAGGGGCCUGGAGCAGUCGGAGCUGGCAUGGUCGAGGGAAAGGCUGCUUCAGGGGCUUUCAGGAUCUCAUGAUCUCUGACAGCAUCAUGAGCUUUGUUGAAUUUGUGGAGCUCUUCAAGUCUUUUAGCAUUCGCAGUCGUAAGGAUCUGAAGGAACUGUUCGACACUUAUGCCGUGCCUUGUAGUCGCUCGGGUCCUGACUCUGUCCCACUCUACACCACACUGAGGAUUGAUGACAAACUCACAGGAUUGCAGCCGGAUCUUGAUCUCCUGACUCGCAACGGAUCUGACCUAGGCCUUUUUAUCCGUACACGUCAGCAAAUGUCUGACAACCAGAAGCAGAUUUCAGACGCCAUCGCAGCUGCUAGCAUCGUGACCAAUUGCACUGGAGUGGAGAAUUCAUCGCUGGGUGUGCUGGGACUGGCCAUCUCUCAGCUCAAUGACUUCCUGGUCAACUGUCAGGGAGAACAUCUGAGUUAUGAUGAGAUCCUCAGCAUCAUACAGAAAUUUGAGCCUUCUUCAAACAUGCGUCAGAUGGGGUGGAUGUCCUUUGAAGGAUUUGCCAGGUUUCUUAUGGACAAGGACAACUUUGCCUCAAAAAGCGAGGAGUCUCAAGUGAAUCUGGAUGAGCUCCAGUUUCCGCUCUCGUACUAUUACAUCGAGUCCUCUCAUAACACAUACCUCACGGGCCAUCAGCUGAAGGGAGAGUCUUCAGUGGAGCUCUACAGCCAGGUGUUGCUGCAGUGCUGUCGUAGCGUUGAGUUGGACUGCUGGGACGGGGACGACGGCAUGCCUGUUAUAUACCAUGGACACACUCUUACUACUAAGAUUCCCUUCAAGGAUGUUGUCGAAGCCAUUAAUCGCUCAGCGUUUGUGAACUCAGAGAUGCCCGUGAUUCUGUCCAUCGAGAACCACUGCUCUUUACUACAGCAACGCAAGAUGGCUGAGAUUUUUAAGACAGUGUUUGGUGAGAAGCUGGUGACCAAGUUCCUGUUUGAGAGGGAUUUUGGGGAUGAACCUUUGCUUCCAUCUCCCCUGCAGCUCCGAGGGAAGAUCCUACUGAAAAAUAAAAAGCUGAAAGCUCACCAGGCUCCAGUGGACAUUCUCAAACAAAAGGUCCUGUUGUAA